AGGAUGGACGACUAUCUCAACCAAUCAGCACUCCUAAGAUCCUAUGCAGCACUCACACCCAACAACCCAAGAGAAAUCCAGACACCUCCAUUCCCAACAUCCACCUGGCUCAGCAAACACCCAAACCAACUCAAACUAUUCAACUUAUUGGUCUCCAAACAAGAUCAUCAUCAACAAGGAUUCAAUCGAAACAUUGCGAAUGGAAGACAGUGGAAAUUGAUGUUCUGGAAAAGAGUCAUCCUCGAAAUCGAAAACGGAUUCAAUAACAUAAGCGAUCCAAAAAUUAAAGAGGAAGAAGAGAUCGAAGAGAAGAUUUUAACCUAUUACAUCUCACUCCAACAAUCACCACAACCACACCAAAAUCAAACAGAAGGAAGAGGCCAUGAAGACGAAGAAACAUUAUCACCUCUGGAUCAGACGGAGAUCCAUACCUAUUACUACGGCGACCUGAGCGACAGGGACCGCUGGACACGAAUCGAUUUGCACGAAAACAAGGCGUCGAUCAGUCAAGGGACCACAGGCCUGCGAAGCUGGGGCGCAAGUGUUUGUCUAGCCAACUACAUGAUACUGCACCCAGAUCUACUGGCGGAUUCGACGAAGGUGCUAGAGCUCGGCAGUGGGACGGGGCUGUUAGGGCUGCUAGUCCACACCCUCAGUCCGUCCACGCACGUCUAUCUCAGCGACUCCAACCCGGCCGUCUUGGCCCGUCUCCAGCUCAACAUCAACUUAAACUCGCUGGGGGAUCGGGAUACCCUGAAGCUGGUCGAGCUCGAUUGGAACGCGGAUCGGUCUGCGCUGCCGGCCCCGAUCGACUUGGACACAUCCUCGAUCAUCCUCGGCGCCGAUGUAAUCUAUGAUCCCGACCUCGUCCCCGGAUUAGUCCGAACUAUCAAGCUCGGCCUCUUAUCAAGUCAUCCUUCAUCAUCACCAGCAAGCACUGCUGCUGCUGCUGCUGCUAAGAGCACCGAAGCCGAGGCUACGAGGUCGUAUGGGAUGAUAUGUGGCCUGGUCAGAGCCCCAUCAACUUGGCAGAAAUUCAUAGACACGUGUCAACUGGAAGGAUUGGAGGUUGAAGAGGUGGAGAUAGACGAGGCCAUCGAGAUCGGGAGCGUUGAGGGACGGGGGAUCGUGUUCCCACAAGCCCUGGAUCGGGCGCUGUUGGACUUGCGCAUGGUCCGAUUGUCUAUCCGGCCCUCUCUUUCUCCUCCUUCUUCAUGA